CGGGCGGACUGGCGCGCAGCCCGACGGCUCUCAGGCGGCCCGGCUGUUGAGCGGCGACUGGAGCCAUGGCGGAGGCGGCGCCUGCUCGGCAUAGACGAAAGCGGCGCUCUGCCCCUUUAACAACUUCGACACCUCCUUCACAAGCAACAGAAAAAAGCUCAUAUUUUCAGACCACAGAGAUCUCACUCUGGACAGUGGUGGCUGCUAUCCAGUCUGUGGAGAAGAAGAUGGAGUCCCAGGCUGCCCGGCUACAGAGCCUGGAGGGACGCACUGGGACAGCAGAAAAGAAGUUGGCAGACUAUGAGAAGACGGCCGUGGAGUUCGGCAACCAGCUGGAGGGCAAGUGGGCCGUGCUGGGGACCCUGCUGCAGGAGUACGGGCUACUGCAGCGGCGGCUGGAGAACGUGGAGAACCUGCUGCGCAACAGGAGCUCCUGGGUCUUGCGGCUGCCCCCUGGCAGCAAGGGGGAGGCCCCUAAGGUGUCCAGGUCACUUGAGAAUGAUGGCGUCUGUUUCUCUGAGCAGGAGUGGGAGAACCUGGAGGACUGGCAGAAGGAGCUCUACAGGAACGUCAUGGAGAGCAACUAUGAAACACUGGUCUCUCUGAAGGUCCUUGGCCAGCCAGAGGGAGAAGCAGACUUGGGUACAGAAAUGCUGGGUGACUUGGAGGAGGAAGGCCCUGAUGCUGCCCACCCUGUGGACGGGGCUGUGGUCAAGCAGGAGGUGCUGUACAAGCAAGAGGGCUCUGCAGGCCCCCCUGGCACGUUCUCAGGUGCUACUGAAGAGCAGGCUCUUCUCCGCUCAGAGCAUUUUGAGCUCUGGGAUGGCCAGGGUGGGUCUGUUCUUCUGGAGACAGGCCCUGGGGACUCUAAUCUUGAGGAUCCCAUUGAGGGGAGUACAGACCCUACCAGUGGCAGAAUUCUGGGCUGCUCCACAAAGCAGAAAUCCCACAGGCAGGUCCAGCUGGGUCAGGAAUGUGGGCAGAACCUGAAGCUAAAAAAGGACACUGCCAAUUCCUAUGAAUGUUCUGAGUGUGAGAUCAGUUUCCGCUACAAGCAACAACUGGCCACACAUCUGCAGAGCCACUCAGGGUGGGAGUCUUUCCCCACCACAGAGCCAGAGGAGAGCCUUAGGCCCAGGCCACGGCUGAAGCCACAGGCCAAGAAGGCAAAGCUGCAUCAGUGUGAAGUGUGCCAGAGGAGCUUCAGCUGUAAGGUGAACCUCAUCACCCACCAGCGCUGCCAUCUUCAGGAGGGGCCUAGUGCUAGCCCACGUGUCCAGGAGAGGUUCUCACCCAACAGCCUGGUUGCCCUGCCUGGCCACAUCCCUUGGAGGAAAAGCCGGAGUUCCCUCAUCUGUGGGUACUGUGGUAAGAGCUUCAGCCACCCAUCUGACCUAGUGCGGCACCAGCGCAUCCACACGGGUGAGCGGCCCUACAGCUGCCCUGAGUGUGAGAAGAGCUUUGUCCAGAAGCAGCACCUCCUACAGCACCAGAAGAUCCACCAGCGGGAGCGGGGUGGACUGACCCUGGACCCCGGAAGGCCCAAUGGCCUUCUUUAAGGGUGCCAACCCCUCACCGUCCGGGGGCGGAGGGGGGUGGCAUUGGUCCCCCCGGAAAAGACACUGUGCGCUAUCAGGGACUAAUUUCUUCCUGAGGGCCAUUGCUUCUGAUUUGCCUUCCCUUGACCAAGUGCCAGACCGAACCCAAAGGCUGUCCUGAAAAUCCUGUGGAAGAAGAGGAAUCUAGGGCCCAGCCUCUCUUAUCAUCUUGACCCUGCCACUGAGAGUGCUGUCUCUUUGGCCCAGUCUAGUCUGGUUUUCCCAUCCAUCUGAUACUUGGGGGCUGGGGUUGGCAUGGUGACCCCACAGGGAUUGGUGGUCAGUUCCAGGGCCAGUCCCAGCAUUGCACGUCUUCCCAUGGGCUACAGGCAGGCAGGUACAGGAGGAGUUUUGGGAAGAGUGACUCUCCACUUCCUCUUUUUUUUUUUGUAGUCUCUUUGUUAAUAACAGAGAAGAAAUAAUUUAAAUGAACUGCUUAUCCUGCUCUGAAGAUCCUUUUUUGGAGUUAGAUUCUAGUUGAUUUAAAGAUUCUAGUUAGAUUCUAGUUUAAAAAUUAUAUACAGCCCAACAGUUGGUUUUGUUUUUGUUUUAAUUUCAGGAGUUGUAGAAGUUGUUCCCAACGUGGGGACUCAGCCUACCCUCUAAGAGGGGAUAGUUUAUGGGGCUGUUUUAGCCUGGCCACACUUAAGGCAAAGAACAAAGGGGACACAGUGCUGGGCUCCCUCUUGUGGGUGUGCUUGACACUCUUAAAUGGGGCUAAUUGUCUCAGAAGGACCAAGAGGAAAAUUAGCCUCUGAAGCCCCCUGCCGGAUUCUUGUGAAGGAGUGGCCAGUAGGGUUCUGGUCCUGGGAGUGCUGGUGUUUUACCAUACCCCUCUCCCUCUGAGCCCCAACCCUGCUGUGUUUGUGCAGCCUCCCAGUGGAAGACUAGUCUGUUUCUCGAAGUGUUCAGCUUGUGCCAGUGGUUAUUUAGUUUGUACCUAUUACACCAGUCGUUACUUGAGGUUGUUCAAAUUACACUUCUGUCCCAGAGAUUGGCAGAAAGCACACAGAUGCUUGUCUCAGGAGUGUUGACAGACGACCUGCCCCACUGUUGUUUACAGGGAUGGCAGUGGGCUCCUGGGUCAUAUGUGAAUAUCCCCUUGGAUGAUUUACAAUUGCCUAGAAUAAAAA